AUGGCUUCUUCCCUCCAAUUAGGCCAAUGCCUUCGCGGUCAGAAUGGCAUAUACACUAUUGGUAAGCAAUUGCAGGAGACGGUUUGGCUCGCAAGCAAUCAACCAGUGAUUGUGAAAAGUGUCACUCAUUUUCGCCUUCAGAAUGAGCGUGAUAUAGUCGAGCCGUCAGACCCACCCGCCAUAGUUUUGAAAUAUUUAGAUGAUAACCUUCCGAAUGCUUCUGUCUCUAAGCGACUUACAAACCAGGAGAUCAAAUAUGUUGCUAGAAGUAUUUUAGAAGCCCUCAAGGUUCUACAUGACAAUAGUUUUGUACAUACAGAUAUCAAGCUCGACAACAUUCUUGUAAACUAUGGUCAAGGGGAUGUACGGUUUACAGGUGUUCAACUUGCAGACUGUGGAAAUACUGUUCCUGAGGAUUCGGCGUAUGCCAAGGGUGGUGGCUUGAUUGGAGCGCCUAUCUGGAGGAGUCCUGAAGCGCAACUCCGGAUUGGCUGGGGUACACAAACAGACAUAUGGUCCUUUGGCGCCUUGCUCAUAACCUUGCUCUAUGGAGGCAAUUUCUUUCUUUUCAAGCCCGAUGUUCCCGCAGGUCAUGACGAUUAUGAAUUACAGAUUUUGCAGAGACAGUGCCAGUUCUUUGGACCAUUCCCUUUGACAUACCGUGAAAUCUGCCCUCCGGAGACAUUAAGUAUCCUGGUAUAUAUUAUGAAACGUAUUCCUCAAGAGAUAAAGCCAUUUUCAAGGAUUUCAGAAUAG